AUGGUACAAGAAUUGAGGAUAAUGGAGUGUUUUCUUCCUGUCACGAAAGUGGUAUCUGGAUUCACCAGUGCACCCAUCCUCGCAACGCUUGGGGAAGAGAGAAGUUUUGCCUUCGCCUCUUACUAUGGGGACCACAUGGUUCUUCAGCGGGGGCCCCAGAGGGCCAACGUUUGGGGGUACUCGCCGCACCUGGGCGAAAAAGUGACAGUACGUGUGGGUGGUCAUUCAGUGUCUACUACCGUGGUCAGUGGUCACGUGGAUAAAGGCGGAGUCUGGCAAGUAAAACUUCCGGCCAUCACUCACCCUGGUCCUUACGUCAUCACAGCCUCAUCACCUUCCGGUACGAUCCAGUUACACGAUGUCGUCUUUGGAGACGUGUGGAUUUGUUCGGGACAAAGUAAUAUGCAGUUCACUGUGUCCAUGGCUUACAAUUCAACUGCCGAGAUUACUGAUGCUGGCAACUAUCCCUACAUCCGGGUGAUGACAGUUGGGAAUACGCCAUCAGUACAUCCGGAAACAGAUCUUCUCAGCAUCUUACAGCCAUGGUCUGUAGCCAACAGGGCCUCCAUCGGCGGACCUAAGUGGAACUAUUUCUCGGCUUUGUGCUGGUUUUACGGGACGUAUUUGUACCGUCACAGAGGUUACCCUAUAGGAUUGAUUACGUCAGCUUGGAGUGGAUCGCGAAUUGAGCCCUGGAUGUCACCUGUAGGGCUGCAAACCUGUAAGGUUAAUGUUUCAAGCCCUAUAGUAAUGACCACUGCCGAGACAGGGAAAUUUUACGUCCCCAGUGAACCUACAGUUCUCUGGAACUCUAUGAUGGCACCGUUGGUGAAAAUGACUAUCUAUGGCGUCAUCUGGUAUCAAGGUUCGGCAAAUGCAGGUAACCCGCCAGCCUACAGGUGUUUGUUUCCGUCCAUGAUUGCCGCCUGGAGGAAACAUUUUCAUGAGGGAUCUGAUGGAGAAACGGACACCAUGUUUCCUUUCGGAUUUGUGCAGUUGUUCCCGUACCACGAAGUCAGCCGUAUCGGUGGGUUUCCUGGGAUUCGCUGGGCCCAAACGGCAGGCUUUGGUUAUGUGCCUAACUCCGUACUGAAGAGAGUGUUCAUGUCUGUUGUCAUAGACCUUCCUGAUUACAACAGUCCAUGGGGAGCGAUUCAUCCACGCGACAAGAAAGAUGCAGCUCUCCGCCUGGGUCUAGCCGCCGAGGCUGUGGCUUACGGGGUUCCCAAUGUACGAUACCGGGGGCCUUUCCCUACCAAAGUGUCCGUCAACCCGGCCUCACGUAUCGUAACGAUAGAGUUUGACAGUGGAAGGACGCCCAUCGAGGUCAGGAGCAUUGACGGUUACGAGGUUUGCUGUUCUGCAAACGUGACUGUGUCAUGUGACCAAAACGAUCCCCCGUGGAGGGCAGCGCCAAUAGCGGGUCUCCGGACGUCAUCCAUAGAUUUGGCGUACGGUCAGAACUGCGGCUCCAACGUCCAUAUUCUUGGCGUCAGGUACGCCUGGAGGGAGAGUCCGUGUUCGUUUAAAUCUUGUGCUGUUUACAGUAAAGUUAACGGUCUGCCUGCUCCACCUUAUAUGUCCCUUGGAAUGUACGCUUAA